AUGAAUAGUAAUAAAAAUGAAAAAAUAAAUAAAUUAAAAAAUGGUCAAGAAGGGGAUGAAAUGUCAAAAAAUAAGGAACAAAAACCAGCAAUCAACGAUUUAUUAUUUAAAUAUUUUUUAAAAUUAGAUAAAGAAGCAUCAAAAAGAGGUUUUACAGAAUAUGGUGGUUCCGACAAUGAAAAAGAAUCAGAAAAUAAAUAUAUUUUGGGUAGUCCAGUUUUAAACAAAAAAAAUAAAAAAAUCCAAAAACAAGAAAUUUAUUAA